GAAUCACUGGCGCACUCCUCACUUACGCCCGAAAUCAUCACUUCCUUUGAAGUAGAACUCGGAUUUCAAUUAAUCGGAUCUUGCUCCGAGGUCGGCGGUGCUGAUCGCAAUAACUGAGUUUGUGAAGCAUAAUGGGUCACUUAACAGCGUUCUGUACUUUUUUUCUUUGCUUCUUCUGUCGGUUAUUUGUUACAGUUUCGGCUGAAGAAGGACUUGGAAAGGGUUUUGGAGAUCACAUUAACUGGCGGACACUAGAAGAUGGGAAAAAGGAGGCAGCAGCCAGUGGAUUGCCUCUCAUGAUAAUCAUUCACAAAUCUUGGUGUGGUGCUUGUAAAGCUUUAAAACCAAAGUUUGCUGAAUCAAAGGAAAUAUCAGAGCUUGCCCAUAACUUUGUGAUGAUCAACCUUGAGGAUGAAGAAGAACCAAAGGAUGAAGCUUUUAGUCCUGAUGGUGGCUAUAUUCCCAGAAUCCUUUUCAUGGAUCCCAGUGGAAAUGUCCAUCCAGAAAUCAUAAAUGAGAGGGGAAACCCAAGUUAUAAGUAUUUCUAUACCAAUGCUGAACAAGUUGUCCAAGGAAUGAAGGAGGCUGAAGCAAAGCUGACGGGUGAUGCUUUCAAGAAAAAACAUCUUGGAGAUGAAUUAUAAUACAGCGGGAAUGUGUUUUAUAUAAAUUUGAAAUCUAAGAUAAUGAUUCCUUAUCCUUCCUAAAUACUUAUCAGAUAUGGAAUUGUAGCUGCACUGAGAAGACCUUUUCCUUAUGGUAACUUCUUAGAUCAAAUACUCUCUAAUUUUUUCACAUAGUAAAAUAAAGUAAAGCAUUGUUUUCUCUCUUGUUUAUACUGAAAUGCCUAUUUAUAGGAGAAAUAAAGCUAAAUUACUUGCAUUAUUUAAUAAAACAAUGCCUUGAUCCUGACAGUAUUUAAAAAGAGUUUCACUGGUGUUUAACAGUGCAACCUUGAGGUGGGGGGGGGGACUCCUCAGGAGGUGGCAUGACCCCGAUGCUGGUGUACAUGCCACUUGUGCCAGCAUAAUGGACAUUGAUGCUUUUGCAGAGGCACGUUGGUGCUGGUGAGCCUCAAGGCAGCACAAUGCUCAAGUGCCAGUAUCACUGCGACAUCAGCACUGCUUUGGUUGGCCCGUGAGCCUUUUUGGCCUGGGAAGUCCCCAUAUCCAGACAUAGACUUAUAGGUGCAAAAAGAUAGGUGCAGCCCAUGGAACUGCAUAGAACAGUUCUACAGGGGUUUGGGAAAACAUCCCUGUUGGCUUACUAGACGCAGCGCAGCUAGCAUCUUUGGAGGCAGUGUGGCUACCCCGGCAUAACUACCCCCACCUCCUUAACUCUCCUUUAUAAAUUGCAUUCCUUAACUGUUAGGAAAUGGCUGAUACAUGAUUUGUAGUGGGGACAUCAGUUUUACAGAAUAAUCCCCAUACUUUUACUCUAAACAUGCUUCCUAUGAAGUGCUCUCUUUAGGGACUUCCAGGUAAGAAUUUCAGGAUUCCACUCUAGGGUUUUAAAUCUUUCCCUGUGAAUUAUAAUCACACAUAUGAGCCUUUGUACAGAGCCAAAUACAGUGACAGUUCUGCUGUGGACAGUUCAUUAAGUCGUUUUCUGGUCAGUUCAAGAAAUAGCAUGAAGAAUAUUGGAUGUAUAAAUGCAUCUCUCUUGUUAUAGAACUACCUGUUCUCUUGCUUGUGUUUAGCCAGAAAUAUAACUCUUGCAUUGUACGUUCAUCUUUCUGUUAUUUUGUAAGCAGAAGAGAAAGCACAUAUUUAAGUAUUUUGUGCGUUAAUCUACUCUUAUUUGUUAAAUGUUCUGGGUGAAUACUUUGUCUCAUCACACUGUACUGUAUUUUUGUACCUGGGUUUUAAAAAAGUACAAUAAAAUUGAUUUUUGAUUUUC